ACAGCGCUCCCUGCUCCCUGGGAAGCGCUGGGGAUGGUUUUGCCCAGGUCUUCAGGGAAUGUUUCCUCUGUGGGAGGGAGAGUGUCCCAAGGGGCCCUGGGUAGCCCCAUUUCCCAUUCCUGUCCCAGAAUCUUACACAGGGCAGGGAAAGAGGGUGGAGAGUGACCAGAGCCAGUUCAGAGCUCCCCAGGCCCCCAUGCACCUUUGGCCAUGUCCAUUCACAUCUGGCUCCCAUGGCCUUACCAGACACCCUUGCAGUGCCUGGUUCCCUGAGGCAGAAGGGGAUCCCAGCACACACAGAAGUGGUUCUGGUGUUUGCCCCCUUCUAGAUUUGGAUCACGACUUACAUGACUUGGAAGUCCUGGUUAAUGAGACUUUGAAUGGCUUGGAGAAUGCUGGAGCUGAACCUGCUGGUGAAGGUGGUGCAGCUUCCCAAGCCACGUCCAUUACUGAGCCUCUGGGUGAUGCUGAGGGUGUGUCUGCAGGGAGGACUUUCCCAGGUCCUUUGGUGGAUGUUGCACGCAAGCCCAUCUCCCAUCACAGGGGUCCUCCAAGACGGAAGAAGAAACUUACAGGAGCUCGUACAUCCCUGGAGGAAUCCAAAUAUCUGGAAAAACUCCUGAGUGAUGUGGACAGCCAGCGUGAUGCAGCCAGCACCUCAACACAUUCUGACAUCAUCUGGAAAAGCAUGAGAAGAGUUUUCUGCUGCGGAACACCUUGUUUGAUUAAGUUGAUGGCCAUUGUGGCUGGUGCGGCACUGUGCCUGAUGAUGUGCUGUGCUGCAAUCUGGUAUUGCUGGACGAGAAAAUGGUACUCCUGUGUAUCUCCAGAAGACCAGCCUAAAAACAGAGGCAAUGACAACCUGACCGUUUAUCCCAUCUCUUCACUUCCGCCCCUCUUUGAACUGCCGUGGCUGCAUGAGCAUCAUGAGGCAUCCCAAAACCCACCCCUCCUCAAUGAGACCCUCUGCCCCUGAGCCCCCUGGUCCUGUUCCCUGGCCAGGACUGAAGGUGGGCAGCCCUUGUCUGCCAGGGCAGGGCUUGGCCCACAUUUUAUAUUUAAAUAAAGAAAUAGAGUUUUCGCA